AUGGGUUAGAGACGGAGUCAGCCGAUUCCUCCCUCAGUCGUCUCAUUCUUUCUCUUCUCUGUUUAAACCUCAACGUCAAUAACAAAGCACACCCUUCAUCGCCUCCAAUUCCAUAGAUUUUGUUUCUUCCGUCUCGAAGAUUUGAUGUCAUUUCAUGAUUUACGAAAUUGGUUUAAUUUGCAAUGGCCUUUGCUUUCCUAUCCACGCUACAAAAUAUAUGGCCAUUUUCUGUGUUCAAAUUCGAUGAUUUAAGAGCCUCCCGUGAUUUGGUUCAUAAGCUUUCAAUACCUGACCACACUAAAAAGUUUGUUUUUGCUGUUAGACCACCACACUCUCACUCUGUCAUUUACAUACUUUCUGCUCAGAACUUAUCUGAGAGGUCAGCUGCUGAUGCCGAGUGUCUUAUUAGAGCAAUUAGACCAGAUGCUGUCGUAGCUCAGAUUGGUUACUCGGCUCUCUCUGAUAUUCAAUCUGAAGACACCCUUGUUGAUAGCACUGUUCCCACUUCCUCUUUUGAAGUACUCAGACGAUGCUUUGUUGAUAAGAUUAACAAGGACCAGUUUGAUAAUGUGGCUGGUAAAUUGGUUCUGAGAGAGAUUUUUGGUGUUGGUUUUCAUGGCCAUAUCUUGGCUGCCAAGAGGGCAGCAAGGGAGAUUGGUUCAGCUUUUAUGGUGCUUGACUCACCACUACGAGAUAAUUUUCUUGCAUAUGAUAAUGAUUACUCCAAGGAAGUUGAGGCAGGGAGCAAAAUUCAAGGUCUAGUUAGUAGAUUGGUUCCACAAAAAGGCACUCUGGUUCCAGUUCCCAAGUUUAUGAGGUUCUGCAUUACCAAUGAUGUUCAGUCACAAAUGGUGAAGUUGUUAUCUUCACAUAUAGAUUUAUUGGAGUCAGGUUCAGUUUCUGAGGUGGGGUCAAAUGAAAUUCAGGUGACGGGGAGUUAUGAGGCUCCAUCAUUUGCUCAAUCAAUUUAUCCACUGCUUUUGGAUCUGCAUGAUAUAUUUGUUGAUGUUCCUUCAAUUGGAAGGGCACUAGCAGUUUCACAAAAGCUGCUUUUAGAUGUAAAUAGAGGGGAAGCCGUGGAUAUCAGGAUAAUGUCAGAAGUUUACACUUUCAGAAUUGCUGUUGAAGCACUGAGAAUUGCACUUAACAACGCUGGCCGGCUACCCAUUGACAAAUUACGAAACGGCAGAACAUUUGAGAUUGCUUUUUCUGAGCUCCCCUUUGAGGACAAGUCACAUGCAAUCCUUGCACAGGCUCUUCAAAGUCAGGCUAAGAAGUUCAAGACUGUAGUAGCCAUCGUGGAUGCUAGUAGCUUGGCUGGUCUCAGAACCAAUUGGAAUACUCCUGUUCCUCCAGAGGUCAAGGAUUUAGUUUCCCAUCUUGUUGUAGAUGAUGCAGGCGAUGGGGACACCUCAGACCACACUGAUAAUAAGCGGUCAUUAUCUAAUAAACCUGUGGUGGCAGUGGGUGUUGGUGCAACAACUGUUUUAGGAGCUUCAUCUAUGUCUAAAGUUAUUCCUGCAUCAAACUUCAUGAAGGUUGUGACUUUGUAUGUUCCUGCUUCAGUUAAGCUAGUUAUGACUCAGACCCAGAAGGUCGUUGGAAUUGCUCUUGGUAAAACUCUUGGUCCAUCAAAAUUGGUGGCCCCUGGACUUGCAAGUUCAGGAGGGAAUUCAUCUCUCUUCAAGGCAGCUGUUUCAGCUAAAAAAAUCCGGACGGUGGUCCAUGGUGUUAUUGCCUCAGCUGAAAAAACCAGUUUAUCAGCCAUGAGAACGGCUUUCUAUGAAAUAAUGAGGAGAAGGCGAGUGCAGCCGACUGGGGUCCUACCAUGGGCUACUUUUGGAUGUAGUAUUGCAACUUGCGCAAGUUUGCUUGCAUAUGGAGAUGGUAUCGAAUGUGCUGCUGAGUCUCUUCCUGCAGCACCCUCAAUUGCCAGUUUGGGUCGUGGGAUUCAGAGUUUACAGCAGGCAUCUCAGGCAGUGAGGCAGACAGAUGACAACAGAAUACAAAAAUCUAUAGAACGCUUAAUGUACAGGUUGAAGAAAGCAAAGAUUCAGUAGGUUUGAUUCUCGUAUGGUAACAAGGAAAUGGCAAAGUGAUGGCUGAAGUAGAGGUAACAAAGAUUACUACGUACAUAAAAGUCCAUAACGGCGGUUGUUCCUAACAUCAUGAUUCACCAGUGUUUGAGGUAUUCUUUGUCUCAAGUUUUGUCAAUAUUACGAUAACAUAAUAUUAAAGAAAUGCAGCAUUUGACUUUAUCCCUCA